GGCUACGGCUGGACAGGAGGUUGCAGAACCAAAUGGCCUGGGAUGGACUUUAGAAGAGAAGGAGAUACGUGGACGGCCAAUUAUCAACAACCAUGCGAGGGACACAAGGCAGCAGAUCGCUUGAAGAUCACCUACGAAAACUUUUCUUUUAAAGUCAAGAACAUAGACUACGGCAAGCCUGUUGUAGACACUAUGAAGCCCAUUGUUCAAGAUGUUGGAGAGAUACAGAAUGAAGAUCCUUUACCUGUAGAAACGACAAUCACUCGCGAGAUAAAAACCGUGCGAACUGUGAUCCAUUCCUCAACAAGCAGAUGGAAGGCGGGAAUUGGUGCAUCCAUCUCACUUAAAUACAAGUCCCCAGGCUCCGUUGCUGGAGCAGUUGCUGGCACCUUCAGUGCUUCAGUGACCUUGUCAGGGGAAGCAGAGAGCGGUCAAGUGAACAAAGACGACAACGGAGAAAUAUCUUGGGAUAUCAUGAGAGUACCGGAGACGCAAACAGUCGAUGGUCUUUCUACGACAAGGUACCAACUAAACGUGGCGAGGAAGAACGUGACGGUGCCUUAUAGAGCCACGAUACAGGUUCAGUUCAGUGCUAAACUGGAAGGAUUCCUCCGCUGGGGUGGAGGCAAAGGAGGCUCUAGUCCAAAUUUUCAUGAAACUCACCAAGGAUCAGAGGACCGACCUGACUUCCCGUACAGCAUAGGAAGGCCUGAUGAGCCAUUCUUCAAGUUCUUAAAGAGAGUGAGUCAGAGGGAUGAUAAACCUUGGUUGUGGAACGACAUGAAACAGAAGUACGAGUGGCUGCCAGAAGUGAUCCAUGCUCUGACUAACGAGAGCCUGUAUGAGUUCGAGUUGGAAGGAAAGUUCCACGACGUGUCUGGACUGAGUUGGGAUGUCAAAUGGUCCGAUGUCCCAAUCAGUUAAGAGCAUUUACUUCAAGCAGAGUAUUUCAAACACAGCGUUAGAAUAUCAGUGAUUACUAACUAGGAAAGAAUUAAAAACUGAUAACUAUAAAACCAAGUCGUUUUUUUUUUCUUCGGUUAUUCUCAAUCGGCAUCCAGAGCCCGCGUUUCCUUUGACCUACGGUCAAAAGAGGAUGUCAAAAACGAGCUUCGGGUCGAUCCAUUCGUUGGCGAAAGAACGAGGAACGAUUCAAUAUCCAUUGUUUGAGGACUUGAACAAAGGAGACCAGAUCAUUACUUAUUACAAGUGUUAAUUAUAUUGCGCGUGUCUAACAAUCGAAGUUUUUAGAGUAUCGACACUGUGCUAUUAGCCUAGCACUUGUUGAAAGACUUGGCUAUUUACUUGAAGUUGAUAAAGGUUAGUCAAACACCGUAGCGAGUUUGUGAAAUGGUUCAUUCACCCCCUACUAGCUUCACAUUGAUGGAUGGCUAAGUAUUUAAAUUGCUCGCCGACGCGGCUUAAAAUACUCGUAAAACAUGAAAACUUACUACACCAAAUCAAACGCGUGGACUUAAAUUUCUUAGAUUCUUAAGCCAAACAAGGAUUUUCAGGGGCCUAGCUAGGGGGGGGGGGUCCUAGGGUGCCCGUGACUCCCUCCUUUAGUAAGCUUUUUUUAAGCAAACAACCUACAACAGGUGGCGAAAACGACAUGACAAUCUGGCCAGUACCCUCACUUUGACACAGUGUGACCCUCCUUUGAAAAAUCUUGGCUACGCCCCUGAUUUUCGGACACUCUCGCUCGACCUGGACUUGAUUACAGAAUUUAAGCAAUGACGACGGCGACCCCGAAGACAACGCCAAGAAAAAAAAAAAGGAAGUUAUAUUUUAUCGUCAAAUUUCGCAAUUGUCUAGAUGUGCUCAGUGUGUCUAUUGGUCACAGAACUUGGUCAAGCUAAGUAUGUAACGCCAGUGCUCAAUUUCGAAUGAAAAUACGAAAAGUUAGCAGCCGUCGUUCGUACGCAGAACUUAGUGAUUUCACUUUGUUGUUUUGCAAAGGACGGCAAGGAAAUGACCAAAAAUUUAGAACGCACAUGCUCUGUAAUUGUUCUACUUCUUCAGUUAGGUGGCGUUCUCGUUGCUGUCAGGCAGUUCAGCAUUUUUUGUCUGACGUGGGCGAAAU